GGCAGCUCCGUUUUUCUCUACGAUAGUGGUAUCGAGAGGUCCUAUGAACAAGAAGAGAAUCCUCGAAGGACGAAACAUGGGAAAACGAGCUACAACCACGCUCGUGGGCAGAGUGUAGAAGAGCGAUCACCGUUGAGAGGUACGGGAGUGAGUAGCCAUGGAAGGCAAAGGAC